AAUAUCGCAGAAAUCAGACGUCACAGGGAGUUAAGAACGUUCUCUCAUUUACGGGUUUUAAAGGUUGAAGGUCUGGCAACCCACGUUGGCACCCAGUCACGAUAAAAAAGAAGCUCACCGAAGCUGCUGCACUCAGUCUGUAAAUACAAUAAGAGGAGACAUGUCCUCACCUGGGGGACAGGGAGGAGCUUUGUCCAAUAAAGCCACAGGAUCAAAGAGGAUGAAAUGGACUCUCGAGCUGAGUCUGGCCAACACCAGGAGCCGAGGAGACAGGCAGCUGAAGGAUGGAGAAGUUAUGUAUCCUGUGGGAUACUCGGAUAAACCAGUCCCUGACACCAGCGUGCAGGAAGCAGAUCGCAACCUGGUGGAGAAGAGAUGCUGGGAUGUAGCCCUUGGCCCUCUGAAGCAAAUCCCCAUGAACCUGUUCAUCAUGUACAUGUCUGGCAACACAAUUUCUAUCUUCCCCAUCAUGAUGGUGUGCAUGAUGGCGUGGAGACCUAUUCAGGCGCUCAUGUCCAUGUCUGCCACGUUUAAACUCCUGGAGAGUUCCAGUCAGCAGUGGCUCCAGGGUUUGGUCUACCUAAUCGGCAACCUGCUCGGCUCGGCGCUCGCCAUCUACAAGUGUCAAUCAAUGGGUCUCCUCCCAACACAUUCGUCUGACUGGCUCGCCUUUAUCGAGCCCCCGCAGAGAUUGGAGAUAAUGGGUGGAGGACUGGUCAUGUGAGCCUUCGGAACCUCUCGUGCACAUUUACACACACCAACACAUUUAAUUCCAUUAAUUUAUGUAUUGCCUUAGACCACCUUUUGUCUUUUGUUUUGUUCUGCCUCACCGUACUCAGAGAUUUAAUAAAAACUUACACAAUACUAAA